CCCUACUUAUGUGAUUUACUUUUAAGAAUGAUGUACAUGUAUUGUUUUUCAGUAAUAGCCCUAUUUAUAAUCAGAUAUGUGCAAACUUGUAGGCAUUGUAGCUUUGGUUCAUGGGAGCCGUGGGGUGUUUGUUCACAAAAUUGUGGAGGAGGAACAAGAUUAAGAGAAAGGGUUAUUUGCUGUCCAAAGAAACAAAGCUAUGCAUAUUGCAAAAAAACAUAUUGUCGUAAAGCGGACAAUGAAAUAUGGCAAUCUUCAGCUUGUAAUCAGUACUGUUACAAUGGCGGUGAAUUUGACGGUAGCAAUUGUAAAUGUCCAUUUGGGUGGAAAGGUGACUGCUGCAACGAAGCAUGUAACUAUCAAUAUUUUGGUGUUGACUGCCAAGAGAAAUGUGAAUGUGAAAAUGGUAUCUGCAAUCACGUGACCGGAAACUGUACCUGUCAGCCCGGAUGGACUGGAAAAACCUGUAAUGAUACAUGUAACUAUCAAAAUUUUGGUGUUGACUGCCAAGAGAAAUGUGAAUGUGAAAAUGGUAUCUGCAAUCACGUGACCGGAAACUGUACCUGUCAGCCCGGAUGGACUGGAAAAACCUGUAAUAAUACAUGUACCUAUCAAAAUUUUGGCGUUGACUGCCAAGAGAAAUGUGAAUGUGAAAAUGGUAUUUGCAAUCACGUGACCGGAAACUGUACCUGUCAGCCUGGAUGGACUGGAAGUACUUGUAAUGAUAGUAAGUGUCGAUUUAUUAUCAAUGAUACAACCGAUAUCAUUGAGUGUGUAGUUAAAGCUUGCAAACAGGGACAUUUUGGAGUAAAAUGUCGAGAUAAAUGUACGUGCUUAAACGGAUACUGUGACAAUGAAAGUGGAAACUGUACGUGUGAAAGUGGAUGGAAUGGUUUAACUUGUGAUGAAACUGACGCAAAUUAUUUGUCAACAAAUAUGCGUUAUGGAACCUGGUUUACAUCGACAUUUGGUGGCUUGGUUGGUUUUGUUCUCACGCUCAUAUGUUUGGCAAUCAUCUUUAUAAAGUUACGUAGAAGCAAGAAACAAGGAUCACAAGUUACAGCAAGAAAAACACCAACAGUGCCUACAAAUACAGAGGAGUCCAUUCCACACUACGAGUAUAUAGAUACAGAAAAUACCACCAUUAACAAUGAACAAAUAAUGGAACAGUACGAAAACCUACGAACCUCUAGCAGUUACGAAGAAAUGUCCAACUACGAUAUUAUUAAAAACAAAGUGCUUGAUGUAAAAACAUAAAUAUAACUAACAUAAAUUUCCAUCAGAAUGAACCUCUACGUGUUUCAAAGAAACGUUCACAUAUUUAUUCAGAUACUAGUUCUAAAAAUGAUACAGAGCAUUUAGAAGUUUUGGGAUACUUGAAUAUAUAUGAAAUGAAAUGAUAUGGUUUGGUUUAAUAUCUUACGAUGGUAUUGCCUAAAAGAAUUGAUAUUCAUGUUUUUUAUGGAAAGUAUGUUAAAUACAAAAGUUCUUGGUUGAAACAAACUGA